GAGCGGGAGUGCGUGGGAAGGAGUUAGACAAAGCCUGAGCCCGGGAGCAGAGGCAGGCGCUGCCGGGAGGGAGACGGGGACGUUCUCCCGUCCUCCCCCACCCUCGGCCGAGGGGUGCGGGAACCCCAUCUCCAUCCCCGCCGGCCGGCAGGGGCGCAGCCCCCUCCCCGGUGAUGCCCGGGAGGGAAGCGGCCGUCUCCAUCACCAGACCCACGGCAGGAGUAGCAUGGGAGAAGCCUUCCUCAGGCAUGGGCAGCGCUAAGGAGCCCGAGGGGCUGCAGCUGCUGAGCCGCCAGGUCGGGGCCGAGGACGCUUGUGAGCCUGGUGCCCGCUCCCCUGGCUGCCCAGUGGCGGGUGAGUGCCUAUCCGGCUCCGGCUGUGCCACGAGGACCUGCUGUGCGGUUGAGCUGGAGGCCCAGGACACUGCGGCCAGUCCAGAAGCGGAAAAGGUGGCACCAUCGCUGACGGGACCGGCGCCCAGCACGCUUCUCCCAGACAGCAGCACGGAGCCGAGCGUGGUGGCAGCGAUGGGGAGCUGCAAGGGACCAAGCAGCGCUGCCCCUGCCUGUGGGCCCACGGGGAUGGGGGUCCCCAAUGACCAGAAGGAGAACGCAGCCCCUGUGCCCAUCCUGCCUGAGCCCUGCCUCAAAGCACACAGCAAGGACGCAGGAAGUGGAGCGGCUCCUGUUAAACAUGUGGCAUUUGUGGAGCCCGGUGCAGGCGCUGGAGCAGCUGAGCUGCCAACUCAGCAGCAUCCUCAGACUGGCACGGGGACAUCCCCGGAUGCUGUGCCACAGCUGGAGGGCUGUGAGGUUCCCAAGCAACCCCAGGGGGGAACGGCAGACGCUCCCAGCACCAGCACUACAGGGAGCGAAGCCCAGAGUGAAGCAGGGCCAAGCCCCACCACCCUGAACCAGAGUAGAGCCGAGGGGAGUCCAGCCCAGUGUGUGGACGCCGCGAGCAGCCAGCAGCCCCGGACAUCCAAGCUACUCUGUGAGUCCUACUCCUUCGAGGUGACCCCACCGCAGGAUGCUGGGACACAGGACAUGGGGACACAGGUGGACAGCCGAGCAUCCCUGGUUUCGGUGGCCUUGAGCCCCAUGAGCCCCCCAGGUGGAGCUGCUGCCUUCACCUUCCCCAAGAGAGAGCUGGGAUCCACUGCCCCGCCGCGGCCAGAGCCCUCUAAGAAAGAUGCAGAGAUGCAGGUGUCCAUGCCCGUGGAGACUCGCUCGGUGGCCACAGGGCCCAUGACACCAGUGGCCAAGUCCCCGCAGACCUCAUACCCCGAGGUGCAUGUGAAGGGGACAGUGGUGGAGGAGGCUCCAGAGCCCAUCCGGGAGGUGAGCUGGGACGAGAAGGGGAUGACGUGGGAGGUGUACGGGGCUUCCAUGGAGGUGGAGGUGCUGGGCAUGGCCAUCCAGAAGCACCUGGAGAAGCAGAUCGAGGAGCAUGGGCGACAGGUAGUGAUGACCCCACAGAGCACCCGUGCUGGCUCCAUCAAGGGAGCCCCCAGCAAAGGCGAGGCCAAGAGGCAGCCCAGCGUCUUUCGGGCUUUGCUGCAAAACGUCCGGCGGCCCCGGUGCUGCUCCCGCACCGGCCCUGCUAUGGAGUGAGCUGCCACCUGUGCCAGUGGGGCACGGGUGCCAUGGGGAGUGGUUGCUGCCCUUGCGUUCUGAGACAUUUGCUGCCAGUGUGCAGGGCUCCUGAGGCUGGAGUGGGCGGUGGUGGAGCACUGCACACUGGGGGCAAGGCGUCUCUUUCGCUCGGAGUCCCUCUGCCAGCCUGGCCCCAUGGAAGUGUCCCGGGACGUGAGGCUGGUGCCACAUCUCUGUGCUUGGUGGCUUCUCUUAUUGUGAGGAAGCACGUGGCUCCUUCCAGCCAGGGGUGGCUUCUCCUGGGGCAUCUCCUACCUGUGGCAGAGGUCUGGUUCAGGGUGGGCACAAGCAGGUCACUGCUGGCUCCCCUGAGCUUUGGCCUGGCUUGCGCCCUGGGCAGCAGCAUCGCUCCCCAUACUGGAGCGACGCUGGUGCAUCACAGUGCCACCACUUUGCCUGCCCAGGGCUUGGCCGAGAUCCAGUCCAUGGCCACGCACACGUGGGUCCCUGCGGCUGCCCAGGGUGGGGAUGUUCAGCCCUGCCCACCCCAGCCCUGUCCUCUCUGGUGCCAUGGGUGCCCCAGAGCUGGAAGGACAUGGCCACAUGGGGCACCAGGACAGAUCUCAAAUGGGAGAGGCUGAGGCCAGCCACGUCUGUGAUGGAGAACCACUCAUCACUGUGGCUGGAGGCACGCAGGAAGCCUGUCACCAG